AUGGCGUCGCUCGUCUGCGCGAUAUCGGGGGUUAUCCCCGAAGAGCCUGUCUUUUCUGUGAAGACUGGUCUCAUUUACGAAAAGCGUUUGAUCAAAAAACACCUCGAAACCAGCGGAGUCUGCCCCGUCACCUCACAGCCUCUGAGUCUGGAGGACCUCACAGACGUCAAGUGUCAGAAAGCCGCCCGCCCGCGGCCUGUUACCGCUGCCUCGAUCCCAGGCUUGCUCUCUCUCUUCCAGAGCGAGUGGGAUGCGACCAUGACAGAAGUCUUCACUCUGAAGCAGCACCUAGAAACUGCCCGGCAGCAGCUGAGUCAGUCUCUGUAUCAACAAGACGCGGCGACGCGAGUGAUUGCGCGCCUUCUGCGUGAGCGCGACGCGAGCCGCCAGCAGGUUCACGUGCUUCAGCAGCAGCUCGUCCAGGCACAGAAGCGCGCGGCAGCUGCAGGCGCGGGAGGCGAGACUGAGGAAGAGCCAGGCCUCUCGGAGGAGCUGGUUCAGGAGAUGCAGGCGCUGGCGAAGCAGCUCUUGGCGGCGCGCAAGAAGCGGCAGAUCGAGGACGUGCUGCCGGCGUCCCGCGCGGCGACCUUCAAGUGUCAGUACACCCUGCCGCUGCACUCUUCCGCGGAUCGCGGCGUUUUGUGCUGCGAGUUCGAUCCGAAGAACCCGAAGACCGUCACGGCGACUGGCGGCUGCGACGGCAACGUUAUUCUGUUUGACUUGGAGAAUCAGAAAACGCUGCACAAGCUCACAGGCCACACGAAGGCAGUCCGCAACACGAAGCUGCACGCGACCGAGCCGGUCGUCGUCUCCGCCUCUGACGACAAAACUGUCAGGAUUUGGCGCGCGAGCGCCGACGGCCCGUACAAGACGGCCGCGACAAUCCGGAAGCACCGCGGCGAAGUCACCUGCCUCUCGCUCCAUCCGCUGGGCAACUACUUCGCCUCCUGCGCGGCGGACAAGUCUUGGGCCUUCUCGGACCUCCAGGAGGGCCGCUGCCUGCAGAUGCAGAGAAACCUGUCGUGUCAGUACAAGUGUGUCUCGUUUCACCCUGACGGCAUGAUCCUUGGUGGAGGCGGAGUCGACGGAAGCGUGCACAUCUGGGACAUGAAGGGCGUGGCGUACCGCGCGGCGCUCAAGGGUCAUAGCGGCCCUGUGAACCAACUCGCGUUUUCUGAAAACGGUUACUACCUCGCGACGGCAAGCAGCGAUGGAACGGUUCGUCUGUGGGAUUUGCGCAAGUCGCUCUCCUUCCAGACCAUCGACAUGAACGAGGCGAACCCCGGCGAGGGCGACAGGAAGGCGGAGGCGACGUGCGUGACGUUUGAUCAAAGUGGGCAGUACAUCGCCUGUGGCGCCAGCAACAACGCGAUCUGUCUCUACCGCUUCGAGGCUCGAGCUGCCGCCGCCAACGUCAUCAACCUCCUCGAACACACCGACAGAGUCACCGACGUCAAGAUUGGCGAGGGCGCCGCGACGCUUCUCUCGUGCUCCAUGGAUCGUACCGUUCGUGUGUGGACGCCGGCGGAAGAGCAAGGAGAAGAAUGA